GGUCUCUGUGGCCUCCCGCCCUUGCUGUAUAAAAGCGGCUGGCAGCCAACCAUCGAUCGCGCCAACGCCUUUGUUCCCUUCCGCCGAUUUAUCUCUUUACUCGCUGCGCGCUCCUCCGAUACCUCAACCGCCUCACCUUACGACUCUCACCUCCGCAGAGCAACCAUUCUGCGCGGUUGCACUCGCUUGGACGGAGAUUGUAAAGAGAUUUUGCGGCAACCUCGCAAACUGACGUUCACAAUUAAGAGAAGAGCGAAGGACCUUGUACCUCCUAAAAGCCGUGGUCGUUCGAUGCCCCGGCAUCGAGACUCAGUGUGAGGUUGGGGGUGGUUCACAAACCCGCGGGAUUGAUGCCCUAGGCUUGGCACACCAGCCACCAUGCCGAUUCUCGACUUGCUAGCGUCGAUCACGGGCGAGAAGCCCACGCCUUCGCCGAAUCCGGUGCCUCAGCCAGGGAUAAUUCCGCGGAAACGGAAGGCCGAAGAUGAGCUGCGUCCCGCGGCGGCGAGGGCAGCCAAGGCUGAGUCGAUGCCCGAGAAGCCGUCGCGGCCGGAUCAUAGCUCGCCAAGGCCAUCACCGCGGCCCGCAGAUCGACCGACCAUCUCUAGUGGCAAGCCGACCUCGAAGGCGCCGCACGGCUCGGACAAGCCCGUCUCGACUGCGAGGCCCGGUCUCGCCGGCUCCAAUGGUAGCAAAACGGGGAAGGCGUCCUUGAACAAUAGCAAGAGCCUACCUUCUCGGCUUGUUCCUAGUCGCCCGACCGUCCCAGAUUCUGCGCCGCCGAAAAAGCGUUCAUACGCAGAGAUCAUGGCUCGAGCAAAGGCUAAUUCAGAGAUGAGGGAGUCUCUCGGCAAGAUUCACCACAAGACGGUCGAGCGGAGCACGAUGACGAAAGAGCGCAAGGAGACGAAGACGGACGGCUUGAAGAAGCCUAGGAUGGCCACGGGGAAGGUCAUGUCGGGCAGAGCUGGGUCUACGAGCAUGCCCUUGCGGGAUGUCGGGAGAGCGUCUAGCGCACGUCAGAAUGUCCCAUCAGAUUCUAAAAGCGCUCAGAAGACGGCACCGAUGGAGGAAAAGAAGGUCAAGAAGGCGGCUUUGGCGACAACAGGUUACACUGGAACGGCGCGGCCGCGGCCUGGCACUUCCUCAACGGGCAAGUCUGGCGCUGCAGGCCGUCCGGGCUCGGCUGCUCGGUCUCGCGAUAGGCCCCGGUUUGGUGGUCCGGUUUCGAGCUCCCGGAAGAAGUAUGACGAGGAUGACGAUCUGGAUGAUUUCAUCGAAUACGAUGACGAAGAAGAAGAAGCCGGUUAUGGCAUUGGAAACCAGUAUCGGUACGACUCGUACGAAGAAGAGUCGGACAUGGAGGCCGGUCUGUCAGACAUCGAAGACGAGGAGCAACGGGCGGAGCGCCAAGCCCGGCGUGAGGACAUGGAACAAGAGGCGCUCGAAAUGCGACUGAAGCGUGAAAAGGAAGAGCGCAAGCGCAGACUCCUUACGGCUGCCAAAGCCAAUGCUGGCAGUCGCUGAUGCGCGAUCGCCGGAGCUUGGGGCUUUGGACAGGCUUGUUCAGGAUAUCUGUGCAUCAGAGCGACACAAUGCGUUUCGCAUCCUCGGAAGGUUGUUUUCCUGGAAGGGCGGGGAAUUAUCGGGGAGGUGGUAGGG